AUGGGCAAGCGGGCGUCGCGGUACUCGGUGAGGAGCAAGAAGAUCCGGCAGGAGAGCAAGAGCCUGGAGAAGCUGUUCGAGGAAGCACACGAGGUGAGCGCGGCGUUCCAGCUUUGGUCACAAAGGAGGGAGGGCGGUGACGGGCUGUACUUGAACAUCACGAGCAUCAAGAACAGGUAUGACAGGAGGUACGAUCUUCGAGCUUGCGGAGGGUAUCGGGACCUGUGCAUAUGUGUUGAGGUAGGAUGGACGGUCAACGCUAAGAACGGCUCAUGCACUUUCAUCCCGCUUAAGCAAUGGGACGAGACACUCAACCUGCGACGACACAUCUGCGAGGUCCAGGUGCUGCUAGAGGAGAUGUACACCGUGAAGCAGCAUGUGCACAAGGAGUACGUGAACUUCCGCAAUGUGCUAUGUCAGUAA